AUGGCUGACGCCGAGUCUUCUGCUGCGGCCGUCAAACGACGAGCCCCCAUUGCUUGUCGAAGAUGUCGACGAAUGAGGAGUAAAUGUGUCCAUGAUCGUGCGCAGCCCCCGUGCAAGGCCUGUGCUGAAGCUGGAUAUGGUGCUGAUGAAUGCACGUUUCUUGAACGGGGCCAACCGGAUCAUGACCGUGAUUUUCGUCACCCCCGUGUCCGGGCAGACAAGUCAGGUAGAAGAGAUCCGGUUAAAGCACGACGUGACAUCCUUGACGCUCCUGUAAAGCCUUUAAAUAAACCGAACAGUGAAUGGGAACGUCUGCCCCCAAUACCCGAAAUUAUCGACGGCAUAAAUCGAUUCACUCGAUACUAUUUUCAACUUGGCUUUAUCCCCAAAGAGCAGUUUCCCAGACGCCUGAUUCAAGAUUAUCAAUCCGUUAGCGUCUUUCUUGUGGUUAGCAUCCUCAGUAUUUCGGCACGUUUCAGCCCUCCUCUCGCGACUCGCUAUGGCUCUGGUAUAAAAGCAGCUGAGUUCUUUAUGGAGCGCGCUGCGGCAAUUGCACCCAGUGAGAUCUUUGCGGCGAAGUACACGUUGGAAAGUUGUCAAGCAUUUUACUUGCUCAGUAUCGCACAACAAGGCAGUGGACUCAGAAACGAAAGUCAUAUGAAUAUGGGCAUCGCUCUGCGGAUGGCGUCGGCGUUGCGUCUCCAUUUGGAAGAAACAUACGAUAUCUCAGAUCCGACGGUCGAUACCAGGAUUCGGGGGGAGUCUGCUCGUCGCACUCUAUGGAUGCUACAUAGUCAGGACCAAUUGCACUCAGGCCCUCACUCGCCCAUUUCCCUUUCUGCGUCGGACAUUACUGCUCUCCUCCCCUGUAAUGAGGAAGAAUUUGACCUAGGGAGGGAGCCCCCUUCACGAGCUGCUCUUGAGGGUUCUCCACCUGCUAUCAGCAAUCCAGCGCUUACGUGUGAUCCGAACCGGUCGCUCUUUGCAUCACUCAUUCAGGCGCACAGUUUAUGGGGCAUUAUCACCCGGCGUGCUGUCAGCUUUACCCGGAGCUCUUAUCCAUGGGAGCCAGAAAGCAAAUAUGCAACUGUCUCGAGAAAGCUUGAUAUCUGGGAAAAUAGCCUACCUCGGGAUCAUCGAUGGAACGAGUUCAUAUAUAGCGAACACAAAGCCAAAGGGCAAGAACUGGCAUAUCUCGGAGUGACCAUGGUCCCGCGCCUUUGCAAUAUCGUCCUUCGACGCCCAUACUUGGUGGAUAUCUUGACGUUUUCUGCUGAAUACAAACAGAGGCCUGAAACCUUCACCAAGAUUGCGUACGAACUCUUUUCCAAUGUCCGUAGCCUUUAUAUACAAAUCGACGCACAAUUUACAGGGCGUUCCUCAGAGGAAAGUGUUGGUGCCCAGAUGGCGGCAUUUUGUGUCUACACAUGUGGUCUUCUUUCCACAUAUCUUUGUUGUUAUCCGAGCAUUUGCCCAGAUCCCAAUAUUAGCCGCGACGGGCAUAUGAUGUACCAGCGAACCCUAGCCAUCUUGCUAGAAUGCAAAGAGGUCUGGCCCCUUGCAUCUCGUUGGGCAGAUGCUCUGGAACGCUUUGCUCAGGAUCCUACAAGCUCUCUUACAUCAGAAACCGGCAUGGCGGACGGUAGAGAUCCCGUUCCUCACCCGGUGAUCGACCUUGCUGCUGCUACUCCUGCAUCAUCUGGGACAUCACCAGCGUCGUCCAUAUACAGCCGACAGGCAAGUUCUAUAGAACAAGGCCCCUCUACUCUACACUCCCCAUCUCCGCAUGGCAUUCCAGCUACUCUAUCGGCGACUCAUAUUUUACCAUCCCAUUUUCCCCCACCUCAAAUCCAACAACAGCCUCAGAUACACCAGAUUCCGGUUCACCAACAUCACCAACCACCAGCUCCAAUGAUGUCACAACACCCGGCAUUUGUUCCUCAUCAACUUCAACCCCAACUGUAUAUGGGUUCUAACGAGAUGGCCAACCUUGGCAUAGUAAUGGGAACAUUCGACCAGAGCGCCCUGCAGGGUUAUCCUAUGUCACAACAAUGCAAUGCUCCGUUGGCUUCCACUAUCCCAACAGUCGCGGCUAUUCCACCAGUGCCACUCGGCGCUCCCGCGGAUGGCUAUGAGAAUGAACUAAACUUUUAUUCUUACGGAUCUCACGACUGGGUACCAUCAAGCAACGUUUUCGACGGCUACGACUAA